GUCAUGUGCUUGUCCCGUGACCAAAUGCGGAAGUGUUGAAAUAUAUCCAUAGCGACAACAGAUUACCCUCAUAUAGAUUUAGCUGUUUUAUUUGCCCUAUUUCUCAGCGAAAUGGAAGGAUAUGCCAAAACAUCACUUAGCACCACGUAUGCUGGAGCCCCGGAUUUCAGAGGGAAUGACAGUUCUCUGGUAUCUGCUCUGAAAACUCUUCUCUUCUUCACCAUCCUGAUGGUCACCCUGCCCAUAGGACUGUACUUCGCAUCAAAGGCAUACAUCUUUCAAGGUUCCCUACAGAUGUCUAACUCAGACAGUUAUUUCUAUGCUGCCAUCGUAGCUGUGCUGGCCGUACAUGUGGUUCUGGCUUUGUUUGUCUACGUGGCCUGGAACGAGGGCUCCACCAAGGACAAGGGGAAACACGACUAACCCUUAACCUGGCCGUGCUGCUGGCCCAGAGAAGGCCUGGACCAAGCCACUUCCAGCCCCCAACCACCGCCUGGCUUCUCUCCAGCCCCCAGCCCCCAACCCAUCCCCCCAUGGAGGGGUUCAUACCGAGUCCAUCUCCUGGUGUUAGGAGAGAAUAAUGUAUUGGGUGUUUGUGUGCUUCUGCUCAGACUGAACACCUCCCCUGUCAUGUGUUACAGCCCGUUAGAGGGUGUGUCAUAAACUGGGCCCUGGCCAGAGACGGCCGUGAAAUGCCAGUUCACAACUGGAGUGUGCAUGUAGAAAUGUAUUGUCUGCGUCCAACCCUAUUCCCUAUUUAAUGCACUACGCUUGACCAGGGCCACGUAAGGCCGUUUGACCAGGGCCACGUAAGGCCGCUUGACCAGGGCCACGUAAGGCCGCUUGACCAGGGCCACGUAAGGCCGCUUGACCAGGGCCCCGUAAGGCCGCUUGACCAGGGCCACGUAAGGCCGCUUGACCAGGGCCACGUAAGGCCGUUUGACCAGGGCCCCGUAAGGACGCUUGACCAGGGCCACGUAAGGCCGCUUGACCAGGGCCACGUAAGGCCGCUUGACCAGGGCCACGUAAGGCCGCUUGACCAGGGCCACGUAAGGCCGCUUGACCAGGGCCCCGUUGACCAAACGUAGUGGAUUAUACAGGGAAUAAGGUGCCAUUUUGUUUUCUGUGUGUUUACAUCAUGUCACUGCUGUUGUGGUUGGAUCCGUCCUUGUUGACCGGAUUCAUUUAAGAACGUUGUGUUUCCGUGAGACUGUCUGUAGACGUUUAUAUAUGGUUGUAAUUUGAUGUCUCCAGAGCUGUAGUAUAAUCGUCAGGGUACUGAAGGGUAGUAUUUCAACUCCACAGUUAUGAUGAAACAUUAAACAAAUCAAAUGAUCAAUA